UCAAAGGCAUCUUGCAUCAGCCUGUGGAUGUAUGCCUACCACGGGGGCUCCUUCACCGGCAAAGUGGAAAAAGAAGUGGUUCACAACAAAUUCUUCUUUUGGGGUUGGGGGAACACACUGGAUUAUAACCGUUUUCUUCUUUUCAAACCUGGCGUCCCUGGAUGGAAGGAAAUCUACAAGUGGCCUGACAUUCGAUGCUCUAGAAAGUUCUGGGGCUUGUUGCUUGGAUUCUCUUAAGAAGCUAAAAUAACUGAAGAGGAGCAGGGGCCUUCUGUUUUGGAGGGUUCUGUCCUACAGAGGAUGCUCUACACCCACUGAAACUCCAGAUCCGGCUCCAUCUUCCGACAUGAUCCCGAUUCCCAGAAUGCCCCUGGUGCUGCUCCUGCUCCUGCCCAUCCUGGGUUCUGCAAAAGCUCAGGUUAAUCCAGCUUCAUGUCGCUAUCCUCUGGGCAUGUCAGGAGGCCACAUUCCAGACGAGGACAUCACAGCUUCAAGUCAGUGGUCAGAAUCCACGGCUGCCAGAUACGGGAGGCUUGACUCUGAAGAAGGAGACGGAGCCUGGUGCCCCGAGAUCCCCGUGCAGCCCGAUGACCUGAAAGAAUUUCUGCAGAUUGACUUACGUACCCUGCACUUUAUCACUCUUGUGGGGACCCAGGGACGCCACGCAGGGGGUCAUGGCAUCGAGUAUGCGCCCAUGUACAAGAUCAACUACAGUCGAGAUGGCACUCGCUGGAUCUCCUGGCGCAACAGACAUGGGGAGCAGGUGCUAGAUGGGAACAGUAACCCUUAUGAUGUUUUCCUGAAGGACUUGGAGCCGCCCAUUGUCGCCAGAUUUGUCCGCCUUAUCCCAGUCACUGACCACUCCAUGAAUGUGUGCAUGAGGGUUGAGCUUUAUGGUUGUGUCUGGCUAGAUGGCUUGGUGUCUUACAAUGCUCCAGCUGGGCAGCAGUUUGUACUCCCUGGAGGCUCCAUCAUUUAUCUGAAUGAUUCUGUCUAUGAUGGAGCUGUUGGCUACAGCAUGACUGAAGGGCUAGGCCAGUUGACUGAUGGGGUAUCCGGCCUGGAUGACUUUACCCAGACCCACGAAUACCACGUGUGGCCUGGCUAUGACUACGUGGGUUGGCGGAAUGAGAGUGCUACCAAUGGCUACAUCGAGAUCAUGUUUGAAUUUGACCGAAUCAGGAACUUUACUACUAUGAAGGUCCAUUGCAACAACAUGUUUGCUAAAGGUGUGAAGAUCUUUAAGGAGGUCCAGUGUUACUUCCGCUCGGAAGCCAGUGAGUGGGAGCCCACGGCCGUCUCCUUUCCCCUCGUCCUGGAUGAUGUGAACCCCAGUGCUCGGUUUGUCACGGUGCCUCUUCACCACCGAAUGGCUAGUGCCAUCAAAUGCCAGUACCACUUUGCCGACACAUGGAUGAUGUUCAGCGAGAUCACUUUCCAGUCAGAUACUGCAAUGUAUAACAAUUCUGCAGCCUUGCCCACUUCUCCUAUGGCACCGACAACCUAUGAUCCCAUGCUUAAAGUGGAUGACAGCAACACUCGGAUCCUGAUUGGCUGCUUGGUUGCCAUCAUCUUCAUCCUGCUGGCUAUCAUUGUCAUCAUCCUGUGGCGGCAGUUCUGGCAGAAGAUGCUAGAAAAGGCCUCACGGAGGAUGCUGGAUGAUGAGAUGACUGUCAGCCUCUCCCUGCCCAGCGAGUCCAGCAUGUUCAAUAACAACCGCUCCUCGUCCCCAAGCGAACAGGAAUCCAACUCUACUUACGAUCGAAUCUUUCCCCUCCGCCCUGACUACCAGGAGCCAUCCAGACUCAUCCGAAAGCUCCCAGAAUUUGCUCCAGGGGAGGAAGAAUCGGCCUGCAGUGGUGUUGUGAAGCCAGCCCAGCCCAAUGGACCCGAGGGGGUACCCCACUAUGCAGAAGCCGACAUAGUGAAUCUCCAGGGAGUGACAGGUGGCAACACCUACUCAGUGCCUGCUGUCACCAUGGAUCUGCUGUCGGGGAAGGACGUGGCUGUGGAAGAGUUCCCCAGGAAACUGUUGGCUUUCAAGGAGAAGCUGGGAGAAGGCCAGUUUGGGGAGGUUCAUCUCUGUGAAGUGGAGGGAAUGGAAAAAUUCAAAGACAAAGAUUUUGCUCAAGAUGUCAGUGCCAACCAGCCUGUCCUGGUGGCCGUGAAGAUGCUCCGAGCAGAUGCAAACAAGAAUGCCAGGAAUGAUUUUCUUAAGGAGAUAAAGAUCAUGUCUCGGCUCAAGGACCCAAACAUCAUCCGUCUCUUAGCUGUGUGCAUCACGGAUGACCCACUCUGCAUGAUCACGGAGUACAUGGAAAAUGGAGAUCUCAAUCAGUUUCUUUCCCGCCAUGAGCCUCUGGGUUCUUGUUCUAGCAAUGCCACAGUCAGUUAUGCCAACCUGAAGUUUAUGGCUACCCAGAUCGCCUCUGGAAUGAAGUAUCUCUCAUCCCUUAACUUUGUCCACCGAGAUCUGGCCACCCGAAACUGCUUAGUGGGCAAGAACUACACCAUCAAGAUAGCUGAUUUUGGAAUGAGCAGGAACCUGUACAGUGGUGACUACUACCGGAUCCAGGGCCGGGCAGUGCUCCCCAUCCGCUGGAUGUCAUGGGAAAGCAUCUUGUUGGGCAAGUUCACCACAGCAAGUGAUGUGUGGGCCUUCGGGGUGACUUUGUGGGAGACUUUCACCUUUUGCCAGGAGCAGCCUUAUUCCCAGCUGUCGGAUGAGCAGGUUAUUGAGAAUACUGGCGAGUUCUUCCGAGACCAAGGGAGGCAGACUUAUCUCCCUCAACCAGCCAUUUGCCCCGACUCUGUAUAUAAGCUGAUGCUUAGCUGUUGGAGAAGAGAGACCAAGCACCGGCCAUCAUUCCAAGAAAUACACCUUCUGCUUCUUCAACAAGGGGACGAGUGAUGCCAUCAAUGCCUGCCAGUGUUCCUGUGGCCCAGGUCCUUCCCACAAGACCUACCACUCACCCACGUUUAAGCCACUUUCAUCUGGACAUUUAAUGGACCUAAGAGACAGAAAAGUGUUCGCUUUACCCUCUUACUGUCUCUUGCCUCCUCCACUACACUUCCCUAUUCCCCACCACUGACUCAUAUAUACUUUUUUUUUACAUGAAAUAACUAAAAAUGAAAAAAAUAGAGCAGAUAAAAUUUAGUGAAAUAAAUAUUACUUGAUAUAUCUAAGUGUUAGAUAAUAAAGGCUAGAAACUCAGAUAAUUUAUAAAGGUUAUGCUUAUGUUUAUAAGUGUGCAGAUCCUGCAAUAUUUUCCACGUCACUUUCUAUAGAAUACCUUUAGAAAGGAAAACUUGAAGAAUACGAAUGUCUUGGGAAGCAUGAGACUAGGCAUAAGGAAAGGACUUGGUAACCGUGAAGAAUUUCAGGACUUGGUACUCCACAACUAAUGGAUGUCUUCUUGACGUGGCCUCUGGACUUGACCCACUCCCACUCUCAGAUCUCUCUCUCUGUCUCUCUGUCUCUCUCUCUCUCUCUCUCUCUGUCUCUCUUGUCAAAGUGAGUGACAUGUACUUAAAGGUUAAAAAGCUCUGCCUUGUUUUUUUGGAAUGAAUGUUUUCUUCACUCAUGGACAGAGAUCAGGGCAUGCCUAUGAAACAGGUCAUAUGGGCAGGAAGAAGUGUCUGUUGUGAGCCUUGAAGGAUGAUAGUUAUAUAGAGAAAAGAAAGGUUGCCCGGGGAUUCUCAGUAGACAGAGUCAUAGGAAAGGAGGUCCGUGGAGGAUGAACAGGAGCUAUCUCUGUUGUUCGCUUGUUCACUUGCUCAACCACUUUCACCUGUGUGCUUUAGGGAUACCUUGACUUUUUAAUCAGUAAAAGCCUGAUGUUUUGAUAUUUUAAAGGCUGCUCCUUUAGUUCAUCUUGCCCAGUUCUGUUUCUCUCAAUAUGUGAUGCCCCUGUGUGACCUAGAGGUUAGGAUUUGAACUUCUCAGGCAUAAAUAUCCAAUGCUGUGUACAACAUACACUAGAUCCAUUUUGAGUGUUCUCAAAAGGCUGGCCUGGACCUUGAAAGGAAGGUAUAGGAAAACUGAUUUUUCACUCUUUAUUUGGGGAAAUAUGGAGAGAAUCAGAACAUUCAGGCAAGAAUGGGCUUCCCCAGAGAUGGCGAAUCUCUCAUCUCUGAAAACUUUCAGAUAUUAGCUGAAGAACUAUGCAAGAAAAAGGUUCUUGGCCACUGGAUACUUGUGUCUGUAUGGGAGAAUAAAAGGAUAGCCAUUCAGUGUUACUGAAUGUGCUUUUGCCAUAGAGAUGGCGGCCAGCAGCAGAGCAAGAGGGUCUAGUUUCAGGAUUUGUGGAAACUGAUACACCAUCAAACAGGAGCGGUCUAAGAGCAGAUCCUAAGUUUUCAUAUUCUAAAGACUCUCAGAUUCAUUGGGAAACUAGAAUAUAGAAACCUUAAGUCCUGUAGAGGAGAACCAAGAAAAGAUUACUGAAUAAGCUUCCCAAGCUGAGAUAAAAUAGCUGUGGUCUGCUUCCCUUGUCUACCCAGGCAGCUUGCUUUAUGGUCUCUCAGAAGCCUGGCUGUUUCUUGGUUCAGCCUUCAGAUAACUCCAGGACACAGCAGAGAUGCAGUUCUAAGUCUUAAAAUUAAUUUCUCAGAUCCUGUUUAGUCAUAGUGAAUUCCUCUUUCCUGUGGCAUUUGUAUCAUUUUCUGCUUUAGUCUUUCCCAAGACUAACUUUGGGGUCAUUGAUUGGAGGAGAGGUAGGUGAGUGUUGGGUUUGGAACUCUGGCCCUCUUUCUGCCUCAAGCCAAGUAUGCCAUCUUCCCAAGUCUCAUUGUCUCUCUGAAUUUGUUUCCUUAUCUGUCUAAGGAGUAAAUUGAAUUAGGCAGUCUGGAAAUGGAAAUCUCUUGGAGUUCUGCUCUGCUUUGUGCUUGCUGGAGAACUAGGUUUGUGAUUGAUGUAGGCUCAGUUGCUCUCUUGCUCAGAAAAAAUGUGGCCAGUAAAAGAGAUCCUGAGAGAAAGAAUUUUUGUAAUGCUGACGCCUGCAUCAUCUCUGCUUUAGGGUGCCCGGAAUUCACAGCCAUUAUCUCAUUUGGUAUCUCUAGGGCCAGCCAUGUCUCUUUCACAACUCUUGGCUCUGUACUCUUUAGGAUUCUGUCCCUAAUUCAUUUUAUUCCUUUACCUGUUAUUUAAAAGUCGUGUUUAAAAUGAAAUUUCCCUGACUUUACAUCAUGGAACUCAUCUGUUCCAGAUGACUCUCCAAAACAUAUCAUCAUGUACAAGCAGAACUUUUCCUUCCUUCCUUCCUUCCUUCCUUCCUUCCUUCCUUCCUUCCUUCCUUCCUUCCUUCUUUUUCCUUCCUUCCUUCCUUCCUUCCUUCCUUCCUUCCUUCUUUUCUUUCUUUUUUUGUACGAAGAAGGCUCUACCUUCGGCACUGAGACCUUUGAUUUAUAGACAUAGGUUUAGUUUCUAUUUAUACUUGUAGAGUUGAGCUGUACCAACCUGAGUGAUCCAACAUGGUAGAUGGGAAGGGCUUACCAUAUAGACUUAACAGGUAGCUUAAAUCUAAAUUAGAGGAAUGAAGCUAGGCUUUAGGAAGGAGAACAGAAACAGAUGAGAAACCGUGGGUUAUUGUUGUUUUCCGAAGU